ACAACUGGGGCUUGUGCGGUCAGCUGAGAACCCGAAGAACACAUUUUAACGAGCAGCCUCCGCUGUUGCGUAUCACUGAACACUGUACACGGCAACAAAGCUGAAAGCCCAAAAGCAGUGUCACAGGUUCCCAGGCGCCGGGACCGCAGAUGGUGGCGGAGGUGCUGGGUGGGUGGCUGCCGCUCACUGGAAGGGUAAUGGCGGCGGCGGCAGGGGCAGCGGCUUGGGCCUCGGCGGGUGGGGCGGCGGCGGCUGCGGUGGGUGGUACGGAUGAGGUGCUGGGGGUUGCGCUGCGGCUGCUGGCUUGCAAGAACGUGCAGGUCAAUACCAGCAAGAUCGGCGCGUGCGGCGGCGAUGACGAGCUGGAGCCACACAGGAGGACGCCAGCCGGGCGCGCGACAGGCUGGUCAGUGCUGAAGUACACGGCAAGGCUCACGCCCUGACUACGGUAACAGGUCAUUCUCGUGUACUGCAUGUGAGCCUGUCACGCAAUCACGCAAUGCAGUUCUUGGCUUCAGUUAUCCGCCUCACACGCGCCUGGGUGCCAAGUGAUGAUGUUCCUAGCGGAUGAACAGUCAGCCCCCUUGGCUGCAUGCAUGCCCUGGUGGCGUCUAGAUGUGUCUGUUGUCGGUUGUCCUACUACACUACGGCCCGCCACAUCAAGCACCUCAAUUCCCUCCAGGCGCUGGUGCAUCCAGCUAGCGAGACCGCUGCGCAGGGUGACUGGGAGCGGAAUGGGCAGCAGUCGCAACUGCAUUGGUCCGAUGUGCAGCAGUGAGAGCGUGCAAGAGACUGGAGAACACGCUGUGCGGUCCUUUGUCGGGUAGAGCAGGUCUGGUUUCGCAAUGUACGCAAAGCAGAUCCGGUAGUUCUCACUACCCCCAGUAACGGUCACAGCGUGCGGGCGUGUAGCGUCGGUAGCGAUGUGUGGCAGGGUUGGGCCUGUUGCCCUCCCAGCUGGUUGAGGCUGUAGCUAGGCUUCAGCAGUUGCUGACUGAUUGCGCCCCUUGUAAAGCGGAGAUUGUGUAGUUUGUGGAGUGAAGAUUGUUGGGUUGUUCGUGGGGAGACAGAGGACCGGUGGGCACGGAGGGAGGCACGCAGAGGUGCAGCGCACCUGCAGGAGACAAGGGUCCACAAUUGAGCGCCCGAAGGCGACCGCAGAGCUAAUGCCCGUGGAUGUCGCAACCUGUUCCUGGCACAGCGUAUUCCCAACGCCGUACCCACAGCCCCAAACCAAGAAACCCGGACAGCGGCAGCUGGUAAGCAGCUGGUGCGGGUGGCAGCGGUGGUGGAGGCGGGCCCGCAGGAGGUGGUGGCGGAAUGUUUGGGGCGGGCAGAAGGCGCCGGAGGACUUGAGAUGGCAUGGACAUAUGGUGCAGCACGGUGGGACGUGCCAGUGCUGGUGGUACCGUGGUAGGACAGCUGCAAAGCUUGGCGGAGGAAGGGGCGGGCUAGAAGCGCAAGUGAAGCCAGCGGAGGGCGAGGCGGGCGGCAAGAAGGAAGGUGGAGCACGCGGUGCUGAGGCGUGGGAGUGGGCGUGGGAGUGGGCGUAUGCACUGGGCUGGCCUGCCUUGACCUCUCAUGCAUUCUGUGGUGAGAGGGUUCGUUACGUGCGUGAUGCGGGGACAUUCUCUCCCUGCCCGCCCGCCCUUCCCCGAUCUUGCCCAGCCUUCCCCCUUGAGCUAUGUCCCUCUUCGGCAUUAGAAAAGCCUAGCGAAGGCGGCGCAGCAGACGCGCCGCCCUCGCCUCCGCUGUCUUGCGCCGCAACCGCUGGAAGGGCUGCGGGGGUAGGUCGUGGAGGCGCUGCGGCAUCGGCCCUGUGCGCCUGGCGGCUGCGUACGCCUACGGAUGAGGCUUCCCCUUGUUGCAUCAAUCAGGUGAUGUCCUUCGGGCAGGUGUUGUGUUCUCGGUGGUAAGGCUUACUGUUCUGCCUGGUGCGACCCCAAGAAUUAGGCGUGUUGGCUCGGUCGCUUGUUAGGCAGGUCCCAUGCCUCAUCCCAUCGCUCAUAGUUGCUUUCCCGUCCGGUCAGCCAGAGGGGUAGCUCUUACGCCCCACACCACCCAAACAUUGGUGCAACAGUUCCCGCUUC